CUGAACACAUCAAGAAGCUGAACCAACAGUGAAAACUCUAAAUAACCAAAAAUUCAAAUCAACAUAGACAUUGAAAUUCUUCAACUCGUGAAAAAACAGCACAAUUAAAUUUUGUGGCAGCAAUGCAGUUCCAGUGAAAAAAAUGUGCAUCAAAUACGCGAUCUAAUUGUUGCAAAUCACAAGAGAACACUUAAAAAGUAACCAGGGAAAAUAAUUAGAUCAGAAAACUAUAAAGAACAAAAACAGAAAGAUGUAUACCAAGUGUUGUGAGAAGUGUGCAGGAAGAUGGAUCCUGGUCCUGAUGUUGGUCCUGGCAUCGCUAUCCGGCGACUCAGAGGCCUCGCCCUUCGAUCCCUCCUUCUUUCCCGAGGGCGUGCAGUCCGUGGUGGUGAAUCCCUUCAAUCGCACCAUCCUGAAUCGCUUCAACCUGACCGAGGAGCAGAUCCUGAGCAUUCAGAACCGAAGCAAUCCUAACAUGAGAAAUGAUACCAGCGCGGCGUCCAACCAGCAGCACCUGCAGCGUGCCACCGAGCGCCUCAACGACAUCAUCAAGCGCGUCCACAAGGCCAUCUCGAACGAAGCCCUGCCCAAGGAGAAGGCCGGAUUUCCCAUUUGUAAUGCGGAGACCACCAAUCCAACGGAGUGGCAAAAUGGCAAUAAUUUGACCCUUCAGUUCGCCAGCAGCGUCUUCACACCCACGAACGACUAUGACCGCCUAAACAGUGCCCUGCUCCGCCUGUACAAGACCAAUCCCGGCCAGAAUCGUGACCAGUUUCCAAGCCAGGGUCCCAUGCAGCCGGUCAGCACAGAGCAGCCGGCCAGCCCAACGCCUCAGUGCGCAGAGCCAGUGGGUCCCCAGAUUCGGGUUACCGUCUCCAUUGUUCACCAGCAAAAGAAGAAAUUGCGUAAGAAGCGCACCUGCAACACCGUCAUGAUGAGCAGCACCUCCACCGGCUGGGUGGAGAUCGACGUCAAGUGUGCCCUCGCCUACUGGGAGCAACAGCAUCGACAGGAUGAUCAUCGCCAGGAGCAGCUGCGUCACAGACAGCAGCAGAACGCCCUUGUUGGAGUUUUAGUGAUUGAGGUGCACGACGACGAGGAGAAUCCGCUGAGGCCAGGCCUUUACUUUGCGCCUCCCACCUGCGAUCAGGCAGCUGCCGCUGUCCCAUGGAACACUUACGGAACAGAAUCGCUUAGCGCUUAUUUGGAGGGUCGGUCAGUGCCAAGAAAGCCAAGGCUAGACCUCAAGUUCAAUGGCAGCAACUCCCUGAAGAGGCUCUGCAACCCAUCGAAGCUGCCACCGAGCAGAGCUGUGUUUACUGGCAUCGAAUCAACCACAUCACCAACCAUUGACAACCAGCUGCUGGACGAGACCAGCGAGACGGAUAGGAGCCAGCAGCAUCCAAGCCACACCAGGCGCCACCAUAGCUCCGAGGUUGAAGUCGAGGCGGAGGCAGCUGCAGAGGUCGAGGGCGAGGAGCUGCUGUCCUCGGCAAGCAAUAGCGAGCAGGAGAUGGAGCCCAUAUCGAAUCACCAUCGCCGUCGGACUGGUCACCGUCAUCGUCACCAUCAUCAUCCGCACGAGCUGCAGCAGCAUCAUCACCAUCAGCGUCACCACCACAAGCACCACAUUAUUCCGCACCAGCAGGAGUAGAUAAUCCUUGACCCCUGAUUCCCUGCUGCCCCAAAACUCUCUUUCCCUAAGUCUCAUCCCUCCUUUAAUAAUCUUUCCUUGUUUUAUAUUGUUUAACUUUAGGGCCAGUCGACUUAAUUAGUUUUAAGUUGAGCGGUUCCCUUUCGCCGCAAAAACCUUAUUUAAAUUAUAUAUAUUUUACGAUUUAGAUUAAGCAAUAUUUCGGUCGAAAUUUGUAAUUAUUUUUAAAAUCUCUCUUAUAUUAGAAGCCUGUGAUUUAGAUGUGGUUAAAUUCGCACAAACAUUAUUUUUAUAUUUUUGUUUUUAGUUUUUUUUUAUACCCGGAAAACAUUUAUAUACGAUUUUAAAUAAUACUUAGGUUGCCACGGCCAUAUGUUUGGGGCCAGGCAAUAAACCAAAAUUAAUCAAUGCCUUAUCGAAACAUUACAAUCCCAGACUUCUGCACAAUCCACUCAGAAGCCGGCAGCAGUCCAAGGACGAGCGAGGCCGAGUCAAGGCUAUUCGAUUCUUGGCAGAGUUGCUGAAAGCAUUUUAAAUAAAUACAAUUUUGCUAUAUACAUAAGUCACUAGGUUAAAUGUGCCUUCCUAAGAGCAGCUCUAAAUCUCAAAUUCCCCCUCUGUAGUAACCCGAAGAGUUCUGUUUAUGUUUUUAAGAUCAUUCUAAGAACCAUAGAUCGCACACAUUUUCAUCGAGUCACAGCUCGAUACUCGAUACUCAUACUCCAUAUACUCUUUCCAUACACAGACACAUCCUAACUAAGUGCAUUUGUAAAUCGAUUGCAAGUAUGAAUAACAUAUACAGAAUAAAACUUAUGAAAUAUAUGAAUAGAAAUGCCCA